GGCUUGUGCGUUUCACAGGGCAGCGAAGCCUAUAAGGGCGGAAGUGUUACGAGGCGGAGAGCUGAGAAAGGGAAGCGGUAUCUGGACAUUAUGGCAGAGCAAGCCGGCCUUCUGCUCAGGAAGCAGCUAGCAGAACUGAAUAAAAACCCAGUUGAAGGUUUUUCUGCAGGACUCAUUGAUGAUGAUGAUAUCUUUAAAUGGGAAGUGCUUGUUAUUGGGCCUCAAGACACAUUAUUUGAGGGUGGCUUCUUUAAAGCGUAUCUUACAUUUCCAAAGGACUAUCCUUUGCGGCCUCCUAAAAUGAAAUUUAUCACAGAAAUCUGGCAUCCGAAUGUUGCCAAGAAUGGUGAUGUCUGUAUAUCCAUCCUCCAUGAGCCAGGUGAAGAUAAAUUUGGGUAUGAAAAACCAGAGGAGCGAUGGCUGCCUAUACACACAGUGGAAACCAUCAUGAUCAGUGUUAUUUCUAUGCUUGCUGACCCAAACAGUGAUUCUCCUGCCAAUGUAGAUGCUGCAAAAGAGUGGCGGGAAGACCCAAAUGGUGAAUUCAGGAGGAAAGUUGCUCGCUGUGUUAGAAAAAGUCAAGAAAUGGCAUUUGACUGA